AUGAGCAUCGGUACCACUCAACCCGUCAUGACCCAAAUUCAGGAUGGACCUGGCGAAGUGCCCUCAAACGUCGACGUGUCUGCCAACCUCGAGUCUGCACUUGGUUCAAUCGCUCUUGGAAAUGAGACAACUGAGCCUGAGAUCAUCCCUUUCCGUACCAAGAGUCCUCCCGCUACCCCCACCAAGGCGGUUCCUGUCGGCGAGCGGAUGAAUGGAUCUACGUCAGACCUUGAUCAAGGUCGAGGAAGGCAGGAAGUCAAGGGCAGCGUUAUUCUUUCCACAAAUGCUGCUAAGCGCAAAAAGAAAAGACACAACAAGGCCAAGGCCGCCCAAGCUUUGAAUACAGUCCGUGGCUUCACUUCUAUCGACUCAGGAGCAGAGGAUUCCGAUGCAUCAUUCAGCGGUAGUCCCCGUGUUUUGUCACCAGUUCCCCGUUUUCCAGCGUUGGCUGGUGCUAGUCCCGGACUCAGACCACAAUCUCCAGGCAUCAGCAGCCUCAAAGCCCAGCUAGAUGCUCUCAAUUCACACAGUCAGAGUCGAGAACCUUCUCGAGUCAGGAACAACCUGGAUUCUGAAGUCACAAGUAGUGCUGCCAGUGCUGCUUCAGAUACCCCGGUUGAAGAAGCUACGGAGGAUAUGGUUAGCUACAAUAUUCAUAUCGAUCAAGACUUUGUCAGUCAAUCUUUGGCUGAUACUGAUCCGAGCACUGCUUCUCUCGCGACUCUGGACGCUGAUCAGCGGGCGAGUUCCAUGAUAGUUCGCAAGAUGGCCGCGUCAGACUUCACUCCAAUCCGUUGUCUUGGUGAUGGUGCGUUUGGGACAGUACUUCUUGUACGUCAGAACGCCACGGGCCGGCUAUUCGCCCAGAAGCAGCUUACGAAAGCUUUCUUGAAAAUCCACAAGAAGAGGAUUGAGUCGACAAAGUCAGAACGAUCCAUUCUCGAAAGUGUCAAUCGACAUCCUUUCAUUGUCAAUCUUUACUAUGCGUUUCAAGACCAUGAGAAACUCUAUCUUAUCCUACAGUACGCGUCUGGUGGAGAGUUGUUCCGACACCUUGAAAUGGAAAAGUUCUUCUCAGAAGGAGUUGCCGCGUUUUACAUCGCCGAGAUUGUUUUGGCAUUGGAUUAUCUGCACAACACUGUUGGUGUCAUAUAUCGAGAUUUGAAGCCGGAGAACUGUUUAUUGGACGCUGAGGGACAUUUGUUGCUUACUGAUUUCGGUUUAAGCAAGGUUGCUAUUCAGGACGCAAGCACACCUGGCGGGAGUCGGUGCAACAGCCUGGGAGUCGGAACCAUUGAAUAUAUGGCACCCGAAAUCAUCAGAGGCUCAGAUGAAUCUGAUUGGGGCCCAGGGUAUGGCAAAGCAUGUGACUGGUGGUCGCUUGGUGCAAUGGCCUGUGAUCUCAUGACUGGAAAGCCACCGUUUGGAGGUGGCAAUUGGACGAAAAUACAGCAGAACAUCAUGCAUCAAAAACUCAGUCUACCAUAUUUCCUAUCACCCGACGCCAAAGACCUUCUCACAAGACUACUACGCAAGGAGCCUAGGAAGCGCCUUGGUGUUGGACCUAAUGAUAUCAACAUUAUCAAGAAGCACCGUUUUUUUAGGAAGAUUGACUGGAAGAAGCUUGAGGCGAAAGAACUCGAUCCACCAAUCAAGCCCUUGGUUACUAACCCAGAAUUGGCGGAGAACUUUUCUAAAGACUUCACCGAACGAGCAAUAGACGCUUUGACACGCCGUCAUAGCAGGACAUUGAGCAAAUCGGAUCCCUUUGGCGGCUUCAGUUACGUGGCAAGUCACAGUCUGCUGGAAGAGUCCAUGCUUUCGGAAUGGGAUGAGGCAAUCAUAGACGAAUAG